AUGAAGAUGGCACGGACCCACUUCAACGUCAAAUGGAACGAGCAUCGCGAGAGAACAUCAGCGUUCCGAGCAAAAUACAAAUAUUGCCAUGGGAUCCCAGAGCGUGUUCUAGCGAUGCUCAAUUACGCGAUUUGGAGACUGUUUAACUGCAAAGAGUUGGGACUAAAUCUUGGGACUAUGCGCCUCGAAUACUAUGAUGGCCAGGUGCAUGAGAACAUCGACCUGAACACAUGGGAGGAGCUUUGGGAGGAUUUGCGAGACAUCAUGUCCAACCCAGAGAAUUCCAAUUUUAAAUUCACUGGGACAAUGGAGUCAUUCGAUCGAAUCGGGUUCUAUGACGGCUUCUAUAUCCAGGAUUUAGCCGCUCGCGAGGCCGAACGGCAUGGCAGGAGAGACUGA